AGUAGGUGUUUUGGGCAGAGGUUUGUGGGGUAUGUCCUAAAUCUGGGUUUCUUAAGGGCUUUUUGGGGCAGAAAUUAUGGAGAGCUCCACCUCAAGAUUUGCUUGAAGGACUUGCAGGAAGAUUUCAUGGGCGGGGCUGAGAUUCUUGUUUCGGAUCCUGUUGUCUUUUUCUGUGAGACGGUGCUUGAGAAGUCAGUCAGGACUGUAAUGAGCAAGUCCCUUAACAAGCACAAUCGUCUCUACAUGGAGGCCCGUCCCUUGGAAGAUGGGUGUAUCGGCCCUAGGGAUGACCCAAAAGCCCGCUCAAAGAUCCUAUCUGAAGAGUUCAGGUGGGACAAGGAUCUUGCCAAGAAGAUCUGGUGUUUUGGACCCAAAACUACUGGCCCAAAUAUGGUUGUUGACAUGUGCAAGGGAGUUCAGUACCUGAAUGAAAUCAAGGAUUCUGUUGUGGCUGGGUUCCAAUGGGCAUCAAAGGAAGGAGCAUUGGCUGAAGAAAACAUGCGGGGUAUAUGCUUUGAGGUCUGUGACAUUGUUCUUUAUGCUGAUGCAAUCCACAGGGGCAGUGGACAGAUCAUCCUGACAGCAAGAAGGGUCAUAUAUGCCUCCCAACUAACUACAAAACCCAGGCUUUUGGAGCCUGUCGAUUUGGUGGAGAUACAGGCACCUGAACAAGCGCUCGGUGGCAUCUAUGGUGUCCUGAACCAAAAGCGUGGUCAUGUCUUUGAGGAAAUGCAGAGGCCUGGCACGCCGCUCUACAACAUCAAGGCAUACCUACCUGUCAUUGAGUCGUUUGGGUUCUGGGGGACUUUGAGGGCAACAAAAUCUAGACAGGCCUUCCCACAGUGCGUGUUUGAUCACUGGGACAUGAUGUCGUCUGAUCCAAUGGAGGCGGGAUCGCAGGCAGGGCAGUUGGUGGCUGAUAUCCGAAAGAGGAAGGGUCUGAAGGAGCAGAUGACACCUUUUUCUGAAUUCGAGGACAAGCUCUGAGGCGUCUGAUUGGCAAUGGAGAGAUUCAAGUAGUAGUUGUUUACAGAUAGCACGGGCAUUUGGGGCUUCUGAAAUUAUUGCUGUUGAUGUUCAAGAUGAUAAACUUUGCAAUGCAAAGAUGCUAGGAGCAACUCACACAAUAAAUGCGGCAAAAGAAAAUGUCAUUGACAAGAUAAAGCUCAAUUGGUUUUCUUCAAAAAUGGUGAAGGGAAAGUGAUAUGUAUCCUUGUCGUGGUGGCGGUGUUUUUGAACUUGUUGUACUUCUAUGGAAUGUGUGGUGUAGUGAAUGAUUGCUUGCUUCAACAGUACUUUAGCAAUAGUCCUCUAGUGGUGGUUCACCCUUGAAUAUAAUUACAGAAGACACGCGGGAGAAGUUAUCGAUAUAGCUGUCGGAUGUGCAAGUGGACUAUUGAUACUUGCAUCCAUUUUUUAUCUAUG